ACCAAGAUGACGUGCGCCAACUGAACUCGUUUUCGGUUCGGUCAGAGAGGAGAGAGCGAUUAUAUCAUAGACAAGUGAAUCGGGAUCAUUCAGACCAAAAUCGUAGUGACAUUAUGAAAGCACACCAGCGAUCAUUUAUCAGUGCUGCUAGUAACCAGACCUGUAAAAUCUAAGGGCAUGUGUAUAUCGUUCUACGAGAUGCAAUUUCCACAAGCUUGAAAUCCCUGCUGGAGCCACAUGUUGAUGACGAUGAUGACACUGCACAUCUGAGCUGGAAUAUAGCACACUUUCAUCAUUUAGGAGUCCCCUCACCUCCAUCAAAAGUCGAAGGAUGUAUUCUUUGGGCUGGGUUUUCCUGGUUUUUGGCUUAACAACAGGUGUCACAGGACAAGGAUUUAACUGCACCUUUGAGGGCAACAAUCUAUGCGGCUGGACACAAUCAACUAUCGACAGCUACGACUUGGUUCUCGACUCUGGGGGAACAGCUUCAGGCAAUACAGGUCCAAGAUACGAUCAUACAAGCGGUGACACAUCAGGAACCUACUUACACCGAGAGGCUAACGACAGACAAAAUGGCCCCGACGCAGUUUUACUGAGUCCAGAAGUGGCCUACAUUAUGGACCAGGUGUACUGCUUCGUGUUCUGGUACAAUAUGUUUGGAACAGAUACAGGAUCCCUGUCUGUCUAUGCAUAUCCAACCGACGAUGGCCACGAUGUUUCAUCCAAACAACCCUUGUUUAGCAUUUCGGGUCAACAGACCGGCCAGCAUGCAUGGCUGCGUGCUCAAGUCGACGUCUCCAACCAAACGUCAAAUUUCACAGUGGCUGUGGAGUUGACAACUACCAGUUCGGCUAAGAGCGAUAUUGCGAUUGAUGACGUUGAACUUUGGUUGACUGACUGCCCAAUGCAAAGCACGUCCUUCAACUGCAGUUUUGACGAUGGUCCCUGUGGUUGGAUACAGUCAACUGAUGAUGACUAUAACUGGGCGCUGGAACGUGAAAGAACUCGUACAGAUCACACGGGACCAAGAUUUGAUCAUACUACCGGAGAUGCAACAGGCUUGUUCUAUUAUAUCGAGGGCAACGAUCCAUCACUUAACGACAAGGCUGUACUUCUCAGUCCCGUUAUUUCGGGCUCCCUCACACAAGAUUCCUGGUGUUUAAGUUUCUGGUACAACAUGUAUGGUCGUGAUAUAGCAUCCCUGCAUGCGUAUGUGAUUCCUGCUGGUCAGAGUACCAAUUUAGGUACUCAAACUCCAGCGUUCUCCGUAACUGGGCAACAAACUGGCCAGCGAUUAUGGAUAGAGGCAUUGGUAGAUGCCACCAACCAAACAUCUGAUUUCAUAGUAGCAUUGGAGGCUGUUGCAGGGAGCACCAAACUGACUGAUAUUGCAAUCGACGAUGUCACAAUAUCUCCAGAGCUUUGCAUGUCAGAUACCGAUCUUAGCUUCAGUUGCAACUUCGAGCAAGGCUAUUGUGGAUGGACACAGUCUACUGAUGAUGACGUUAAUUUGGCUUUGGAGCGGGGACAAACAUAUUCAUCUUCAACUGGACCCAGUUUUGAUCACACCCUUGGCAGUAAGCUAGAAUUUCUUCAUACAAGGAGUGAAGACUUUGUCAAAUGAAUCACCACUCUGGUUAUACAUCAGACUACGUAAUUUCUCAGUACAACAGCCCAGGUCUUUCGCAAAUGAUGUUUUAUUUAGCAGACGUUUCCCUUAAACUAGCACAGAAUCUAAAAUAUAGCGUCAAGAAUUCUUAUUCAGUU